GAGACGCUGGAGAAGCACCGGAGGACGACAGGUCUACCGCUGGAGCUCGCGAAGGACCACCAGGCGGUGACUUUCAAGGGUUUCGGCGGUGAGGAGCAGCACUCCAUCGGGACCUGCACCAUCCCGUGGACCGUCGGCGAGCACGUGGAGCCCAUCGAGAUGUACGUGGUUCCAGGAGGCUCUGGGCUUCUGUUGAGCAAGCCGCUGCUGAAGAAGAUGGGAUGCCUGCUCGACGUGGAGAACGAUCAGCUCAUCAUCAGGACUUUGGGGGCUCGGGUGCAGUUGCAGAUGACGAAGGGUGGCCACUGCGAGGCAGUUGGGGAGGGAGUGCCAGUCAUCAUGGAGGUCUUCUCUCCGCCGAGGCUGACCACGAGGGCGACUGAGUUCGGGUUCGCGGACGGCGGCGCCUACGACCUGGAGACGGGCUGGGACGCUCGCAAGCGCGAGCACGUGGAGCAACUGUUCCGCGACAUAGAGGAGAAGGACCCGUUCGUUGUCGCGCUGACGCUGCCCCGUGGGAAGUUGUCGCCGCUUCAAGGGCUCACGCCAGAAGAGAAGUGGAGGGACCUGGAGAAGUUCAAGGAAGAGCGGGCGGAGGCCAUCUCGUUCAUCGUGUUGCGCUUGGAGAUUGCGAGGUUCGGCAAGGGCGAUCUGGCGUCAGGAUUGCCUCUGGACAAGCGCUGGCGCUUCAUGUCGGACACGCCCGAGGUGGCGAAGGAGGUGGAUCGCCAGUGCCUCGGGGGUCACGAGCACCAGGAGGUCAUCGACAGCGCGGCGGGCGUCAAGCGGUCGGUGUGGUCCCAGAUCUACCCGGACCAGCUCGUGAAGGCCCUCGUUCGUGGCGCUAGUCGGUCGUGCGCGCAGGAGGUGAUGAAAAUUUCAGAGGUGAUGGGCACGGAGGACCAGGACGAGAAGGAGGUGGAUGGCGAGCGUCCGACCAAGGACCCUCUUUUCCACGGCUGGCCCCAGAACAUCGAGGCCAGUCUGCGACGUCUGCACGUCAACCUCGGUCACGCCCCGGCGCCGACCAUGCUGAGGCAUCUUAGGCAUGCCAACGCGACCGAGGAGGCUCUGAAGAUGGCGUCGGAGUUUAGGUGCGAUGAGUGCGAGGCGAAGGCUGACCCGAAGCCAGUUCGGCCGGCCGCAUCUGACAUCGCGCAGCCACCCCUUCGGUCCAUCGGCAUGGACGUGAAGGCGCUUCCAGGAUGGCUGCCACACCAGACCAUCAAGGCGCUGAACAUUGUCUGUGACACGUCGUCGCUGCAGUCCAUGACGCCCUUCGAUGGGGACGACGAGGAGGUGGCGAGCGACUUGCUCCGCAUGCACCGCGACAACUGGACGAGGCCCUACAUGCGACCGAAGUGGCUUCGACUGGAUCCGGCCAAGCCCCACAUCUCUCAGGUGUUCACCAGCGCCAUGGAGCGGGACGGCACCACCAUCCUGGACACGGCCGGAGGCGCCAAGGAGCAGAACGGGAAGGUGGAGCGGCACGGCCAAUGGUUCGCCCAGAUGUUGCGCGCCGUGAUCGCGGAGGUCCAGCCGCAGGACCGCCGAGAGUGCCGGGAGUGCGUGGCCCAAAUUCAGGAGGCGAAAAAAUCCCUCUUGAGCGUCGGCGGCGUGAGCCCAGCACAGAUCGCGUUCGGGCGGAACCCCGAGGUUCCCGAGGACCUCUUGGUGGACUCGCUGGACAUCGUUGCGAACAGUGCGGUGCUGCAUGACCCGCCGGCCAUCUUCGCGGCUCGAGUUAGAGCCAUCGCUAGGCGCCAGGUGUUGAGCUACAACGACCGGCGCGCCACCCGAGCGGCCCUGGACGCGAGGUGGAGGCCAAGCGUGUGCAUGGGUGCGGUGCGUGGCAACUACUGGAUCGCCGUGCCGGGAUGCGUUCUGAAGGCGUCGCCAGAGCAGUUGAGGAUGGCCAACUCCGAGGAGCGCGCGGCAUGGCGGCUCGUCGAGGGUUCGCUGCGGUCGCACACCAUCGACCUAGACAGCAUGAAGGCGCAGUGCUACCACGACAUCACUGCGGAGGUCCGGCAGCUGGUCCAGGCCCCGAACCACGCGUGGUGCAGCAGCCCGUCGACCCCUCUGAGGCGCCGUUCCCUGAGAAUGCUGCGGAUGACCUGCUGCAGGAGCCAGCUGCUGAAGGUGAGGCCGAGGGCGGUGGCCACGAUGUCGGGGAAGCUGGAGGACAUGCAUGAGAGGCGGGGCGUGAAGCGCGGCCCCUCCCCAACAGCUUCGGAUCGGGUCAAGCAGGCGAAGAUGCAGUUGGCCUUGGCGGUGACGGCGGCCGAGGACAGCGAGGAUGACGAUGAAAUCUUGACAGUGGACAAAGAGGAGGUCCUGCUGGCGUGGGGCCGCAGGGGGCUGAAUCGAAAGGAUCCGAAGUGGACGACCAAGAUGGGGCUCGAGAAGAUAGCUCAGGGGUGCGCCAAGGAGUACGACAAGCUGAUCAACAAGACCAAGGCGUGGCGCCCGCUACCGCUGGAGGAAUCGCGCCGGCUGCGAUCGACAAAACCGGAGCGCAUCCUGAAGCCCUGGCCAGUGCUGACGGAGCGGGAGGACGAGGUCAAGCGCCGCAUGACCAUCCAGGACUUCAAGGACCCGGACCUGCUUGAGCUGGUGAGGGCCGGGAGGACUCAGGCACCGACGCUGUCGUCCAACGGCCGAGCGUUCGUGCUGGAGACCAUCGCUUCCGCGAAGUUUCCGAUGGCCAUCGGUGACGUGGAGGGUGCCUUCUUGGAGACGGAUGCUUCUGUCGCUCCCGCCGAGCACGGGACAAUCUACGUGUCCUUGCCGUCAGAGUUCCUUCCCGAGGGCGUGCAUGGGGACCAGCUGUGCGAGGUGAUCAACGGCUACGGGCGCAGUGAUCAACCGCAGCUCCGGUGGCUGACCUUUAGCAGGUACCUCGCCGAGGAGCUGGGCUUCAUGCAGCACCCUCUUGACCCGUGCGUCAUGAUGCUCUUCGAGGACAUCGGAGAGACCCUGGACUUCGACUUGGACAACUACCGCGUGAUCGAGGGCGCGAAGUGGGUUCAGGCCAUCGCCAAGCUGAAGGCGAAAUUUUCAUGCCGGAAGUGGAACGACCCGGAGGGCGAGUUCGUUGGCUCGAAGCUGCAGCAGCUCUCCGACUACACCAUCGUGCAGUCUCAGCGCCAGUACGCUAGUGAGGAGAUGGAGCGGGUGCCGACACGCCGGCACGCUGGCGCAGAUGCCCUCGCCAUACCGUCAGAGGUCAAAGACUUCAUCUCCCUCAACCAGCGUGGGAAUUGGCUUGCCGCUCAGACUCGUCCUGAUCUCAGUAUCCUCGUGAGUUCGGAUCAACAGAAGGUGCCGAAUCCUGCGGUAGGUGAUCUUCGGAGAGGAAACAUGUUGGCCCGACGGGCCCAGAAGUUCGCCGAUCUGGAAAUCCGCUAUCCAUCGAUACCCAUCGAAGAGCUCACUUUCGUUCUUCAUUCGGACUACUCGUCGAAGGAGGUGUCUAACAUGGGAAACACCCAGGGGGGCUACAUCAUCGGGGUCACGAAUCGGGACAUGGCGAAGGGUCUAGUGGCGCCGCGAAGACCGAUGCUCUGGAGGAGCUAUCGGGUGAAGAGGGUGGUGAAGUCUACUCUGGCUGGGGAGUCUUCGGUCAUGACGGACGGGGUCAAGCAUUUGGAGUGGUAUCUCGAAAAGUUCCAGAGCCUGGCAGUGAUCGACUGUAAGAGUAUAUACGACAAUGUGAUCAAGAUGGGAAGUCCAUGUGGCAUCGAUGACAAGCGCUGUGCCGUAGACAUCGCUAUCAGUAAAGAGAGCCUGAGAAGGAUCGGUGCCACGUUGAGAUGGGGUCUGACUUCGCUCGUGCUUGCCGACUGUCUCACAAAAGAUAAGGCGGAACCCGCGGACCUUCUCAAAGCUGUAGUCGGAGUGGACUCUAUCAAUUGGCCGACGAGAGCAGCGUUCUGGCUCAAGCCUCCGCCGAGCGCUCUCUACGGAAGCAAACUACCGCACGCAAUCUGCCACCACCGGAUGGUCAAGGUCGAGGCGAAGAACAAUCCGAAGGGGGUCCGGAGCUUCAUGGAGAGCAUCGCCGAAGUGGCAGAGGGGGCCAUCGAGGGCUCCAGCAACCGAUUCAAGGUCCAGGCGCGCGCCGACUGCCUGGGCGACCGGUUGACGGGCAAGGACGCCAGGGCUCAGGUGACCAUGACGCACUACGCGGGCACGGGGAACAUUACGAUCCAUACCCCGGCGGCCAUCGAGGACCGGAUCUUCGACCGUGCGAAGGUGCUGGAGAGCCUGUGCCAGAUGGCGCUGGCCCAGGACCAGGUGCCGCCUGCUCCAGAGGGAGGUUCGCUCGUGGUGAACUCGUUCCGCCUCCCGGCCUGGGGCCAGUUCACGUCCGAUGCGGAGGGCUCCAAGACCCAGGGCUCAGGCGGUCAGGCGUCGGGUCGGAGUGGCGUCGACCAGCCAGCGCGAACCCUGCGCCUGCCCAAGGAGACCGACUUCCACAACGGGAUCGGGGACAUCGGGCUCUGUGUUUGCGAGAGCCUGACGAGUUUUCCACUGCGGCGCGACAAGGUGCUCCGCUACCUGGUGGAGGAGUGUGGUCUGCAGGCCGAGAUGCUCGACGAUGACCACCCAGAGAACAGGCAGGACCUGUUCGAUCGUGCUCUGAAGAUCACGACUGUCGAGAAGUCUGCAAAUGACGACCAGUCCAUGGGCAGCUGGUACCAGCUGACUCCGUCACCUCCGUCCCGGGGCUUGGGACCAUCCGUUCGCAGCCGCAGCCGCAGGGCCGAUGACUGCUAG